CCACCGUGGAACUUGGUCGUGCGCGUGAGUGGAUCCCGUCUUUCUUCGUCUCAGUGUUAUAAAUACAUGAAUCUGACAUCACAAGGAUGGAUUUCGAGACUGUUAAGAUGUAUUGCUUAACCCGAAAUGAACUAUGGGAGGACCCUGAAUUUCCAGCCGUUAUGAAUUCUAUAUUUUAUUUUCAAAAACCACCAUUUAACUUCGUUUGGAAACGUCCAAGGGAAAUCUUUAUGGAGCCCACAUUCAUAACCAUGGAUAACCGCGAUACGUUUGAUGUUGUAUCUGGGAAAUUAGGAGACAGAUGGAUGGUGUCGUGUCUCGGCAUGUUGUACCAGGCAAAGGGACUAUUAUUUCAUACUGUGCCUGUAGAUCAAGCAUUUGACGAAAGCUAUUGCGGUGUAUUCAGGUUCCGUAUAUGGUGGUGCGGGCAAUGGAAGGAAGUGAUGGUAGACGAUAAAUUGCCAACGAUCAAUGAUCGCCUCGUUUUCGUGCACUCAUCGCACAGUCCUCAGGUCUGGGCGGCUCUAUUGGAGAAGGCCUAUGCAAAGUUGCACGGAUCAUACGAGGCCCUCAAGUAUGGAAAUCUGUUGGAUGGUCUUGCAGACAUGACUGGCGGAAUUACUGAAAGCUACCGAAAUAUCAGGAAUGUCCCUUUUUUAGCGAAAGUUCUAAGUACAUGCAGUUUUGUGACUGCUCAAUAUUCUGGGCCAGCUGGACACCUGGGACUUGGACUUGAACCUGAAAUGCAUUAUAGAAUUUAUCGUUUACAAAAGGUUGAGACAUCAAAUGGGUCAGUUUUAAUGGUCCUAUUGAAAAGGCCACCCAAGCCUGGAUCACCUGAUAUUGUACAUUAUGUUAAUGAUGCAGUGUGGCAGUCGAUUUCAUUAUGCGAACGGGGGUGCCUGUUGACUGAUACUAGAGGCGUUUGGAUGUUAUACAGAGAUUUUAGACAGUAUUUCACACGACUGCAAAUUAUUCAUUAUGAUGCGGAGACCAGUAAAGUUGAGUCUGCACUAUCCGACAAAGUGCCGUGGCAUGUACAAAUGUAUAAAGGGAGUUGGAAACGAGGUGUUUCCGCAGGGGGGUGCAGGAAUAAAGGCACACGCUUGAUUUCAGAUUUCUUCCAUAUGAACCCUCAGAUACAACUAGUGGUCUUCAAACGUGUUACAGCCAUUGUAUCUCUUAGCCAAAACAUCAUAAUGGAACCCAAAGUAAUCGGAUUUACCAUAUACAAGAUUCCUACCUUACUUUAUGAAGCGGCCUCGGAGGCCUAUUUUACUGAAAUCAAGAGCAAAAUCAACUCGCAUUACACGAAUAGUCGUCAAGUGAGCUACAGGUGUGAAUUGGAAGCGGGAAUCUACCUAUUAAUUCCAACGACAUUUGAACCACGAGAAGAAGCGCAGUUUACAUUAAGAGUUUACACGAACGGAAUUAUAGAUAUGACGGCCCUGGAUCAUUUGCCUCAGAUGCUAAAGCCCGCUUUCCUCAAGGCACCUCCUAAUCUGCUUGCGCAAAGUUUUGUGCAAUACGAGCCCUGUUUUCUACACUUGGCUAAUGAGCACAGAACGAUAGACGUGUACGAACUACAGGAGUUGCUGGAAAACUGCUUGCCCAACGACUAUAUUAAAAGUUGUGCUACACUAGACACUUGUAGGCAAUUUGUACUCUCCAUGGAUGUAAACGGCUCAGGUCGCCUGACUCUACAAAAUUUCAGAGACUUAAUAUGUAGCUUGAGGCAUUGGCAGACGAUAUUUAAAACCCACACCGUUGAAAAAAUGGGAGUGUUAAGAGCUGAGAGAUUAAGAACUGCAUUAUACGAAGUGGGCUUCGUCAUCCCCGAACAAAUUUUAUCACUAUUGGUCCUCAGGUAUAUGAGGAAGGACGGGCUGUUGAGGUUUGGGGACUUCGUUUCAGCAGUGAUGCAUCUUCAUCGUGCAUUUAGUAUGUUCAAAGCACACGAUAACGGACAUUUGACUAUAAAUAUUACAGAGUGGCUGAAAUGCAUCUUCAUGUGUUAAAUACGCGGACAAUAAAAAAUAUGUGAAACAAAAAACGGAUCUGCAAAUAUUUUCGCAUCCGUCCCAGUUUAGAUAAUAAUCUGUGUACAGCUCUCGAUAUAAAACGGUUCUUUUUCAGUGUUAAAUUGAAAUAAUGAACAAUAAUUGUGACGUGCUAGUAACAAAAAUUUGUGUGAGUAGUUAUACAAUACUCAGUUGUGUGCAUUUAAUUAUGAUUACUUGUAAGACGUUAUCACUAAGUUCGAGAAACGAUCUCACUAUAACUGAUUAGAUAAAUUAGGAUAUUAGUCUUGUUGUUUUUGUUUAGUAUAAUAAUCCACCGACUUAUUUUUUGUCUUUUCUUUUUUAUUUUCUUAUUUGUUUUGUUUUUUUUGUUAUUAUAAUUUUAUUGCUACCUGUUACCAUUGAUAUACUUUAUCGUAUAUCAAUGCAGUAACAGUCUCGACGAUGAAAAUAAGUCAUUUUUUUGAGUUCUUUAUGAAAUAUAAUAUGUUGUUACCUUUUUAAUCAUUAUUAUGCAUGUAUAGACUAGUUAAGCCAUUCAGAUUUGUCUCACUAUUCUACCCAACAUGAAAUUGCAUUGUGCAUAUUAUAGUAUUAAAUGAUGACAUUUUUAUAUUUCACACUUCUAAGCCUAUAUUAUUUUUACUAUCGAUGUUGACCUGUCAUAGAACUUUUUAUCUAAUGUUAAUAUUUGUCUGUAUUUUAAUACAGAAUUUAGGAACAAAUUCUUAGUUGGGUAUAUUAAUUGUAAGAAUAAAGAUGUU